AUGAUUGCCUCACUUCACGCUCUCCAACUCGGAAAGUCACACUGCGCAGUGUUGUGGAACAUUUUCACUUAUGCUACUGACAGCCAUACGCACGUGCUCAUGACUUCAUCUUUCCGCUCGCCGUCUUUCUCUUUAGUGGAUCAGCGCCUUUUGCUUUCUGCGCCUUCCCUGUCAGCUCGGCGGUGGGCAGGCUGCCGAGAAGUUAGUGCACCAUUGGCGUACUGGUGUCUUUUGUAUCUUUGCGGGCGUGGGCUGAGGCGCAGGGGUGUGGUCGUUUCUCUUUGCUUCCUCACACCCCUGUCCAUCUCCACAGCAGCGGGGUGCGUAGGUACAAUGGGUGUUCGUGGUCUAUGGCGCCUUCUGGAUUCUUUUGGGGUGGUCUUGCAGCCAGAUGAGCUGAAGGGCAAGCGUGUGGCGAUCGACGCCAGCAUCUGGAUUGCACAGUUUCGUGCCCGUGUCGCGCCUGGUGAGGACAUAGAGCACAGGGUGCUAGAGGGCUUCCUUGCACGGAUACUGAAGCUUCUCUUUUAUGACAUUCGGCCCGUCUUUGUGUUUGAUGGCACAGCGUCGUCAUCAAAGAGUGCGGAGAAUCACCAUCGCAUGAUGCAGCGGGCAAGGAAUGCCCAGGCUCUCGUGAAGCGCAGGGCGCGCCAGAUACUAAUGGCGCAGGUCGUCGCUGGCACGUUGGAUGUAGAGGAUCUGAAGGCGGUCAUGUCGAGCGAUGCACAUGCUCAGGAGGAUGCUGUGGGUGCAACAAAAGGCUCAGACACAUCCGUGCCUUCCGUGGCUGCCAACACUGCGGAAAGAACGGCUGUCUCCGAGAUGGUACCCCACGGUGGUGGCUCAGAUCAUGCGCUGGGUGCAUCGAGCAGUACGCGCAGCAACGCAGCGCACGGUGAAAAGCGGCCGAGAGAGGCCUCAGAGGAGCUGCCGCUACCAGGGUCGCAUCGCCGCCGCCGCUCCCUCAGAAAACACCGACUCGCCCCCGAUGUCGUUUCCAAAACGAUUACACGGGGUUUCCUGAGCGUCAUGAAGGAUCUCCUGGAGGAGCGCACGCGGCAUGCCGCGUGCGUCUCGCACAACGUCUUGCAGAACACCAGUACCUCGCUCUUUAUAGGGCCGCGCUGUGUCGUGGACGAAUAUGCUGAGGAUGUCGCUGGUGUGACGACCUCGGGACACCGACAGCCACCGCACCUAUACUGCACUGCAUCAGCAAUCUCAGUGUCCGGCGACUCGCAAGAGGACGGAAGCGGAACGGACUGUGUCAUCGUCAGUGACAGUGAGAGAGACGCUGAGGCGACGUCGAGCGCCUGCUGCACCAUCGCCUCGGCUGACGGUGAAGAGGAGGUUAGUGUUGUGGAAGAGGUUGUCCUAGUGGACGAUGUGGAUGACUCUGGUCUCGCGAACGCUGCUGACAGAAAGCGCUCAUUGUCGUCACCUGCUCGUUCGCCGUCGACGGUGACAGCGGUGCUGCAAAGCGGAGACAUGACGUGGUUUCUGAAUGCACUGUCUCAACCUACGUGUACACUGCCACCUGAGUUGAUGCCCCCGGCUACUGCUGCAGAGAGGGCAUCACCGUUGAUCACCUCAUCAGACUUUACUGUCCAAUCUGUGAGCGCCGAUGAGGAUGUUGCCCCUGAUCUCAGUAGCAGGAGUAGCAACAGCAGCAAGAGCCUCACCUUUACCAAUGGCAGCAAUGAUGAUGACAGCGUCGGAACUGGGUUCGCGUGGGAGCCGUUCACGCAGCAACUGCAUUCCACCCAGCUUCUGCGUCGGCAGGCUAAGAAGAGCGAACCUCAACUACACUCAUCGUGUUCGGCAGCUGCGCAAAUGGUCGCUGCGUCGGUGAGCGGUGGCGUGGCCACCGACGCAGCUACGGUGGGGACAGAGGACGAAGAUGGCGGUGACUACACUCCUGUGAGGGCUGGUCGGAUGUCUUCACGGCGCUGUACGGCGCCGGGACUGCUGCCUGUGGUAGAGUCACUAAGGCACAGCGGCGAUGAUGAAAGGAGCAACGUUCCCAUUCCACUGCUAGCACCAUGUACAAAUACUUUGACGAGCACGGCCUCGGAGACGGCAGGGACGCCUCGCCGCCGAAGCACUGAAGUACACAGCGUGGACAAUGACCGCACAAGGUCGAUGACUGGCGUACCUCCUCGUGGCGGCGGCGGCGGAGCCGUGCGCAUGAGCAGAGCAGUUGUUCCCUUCGAAUUGCUAAACGUGGUGGAGCUGCUGGACUGCUGCGGGGUGCCGUAUGUGUUGAGUCCAGCAGAGGCAGAUGCCCAGUGCGCGUUCCUGGCACGGCGCGGACUCGUGGAUGCCGUUUUCACGGAGGAUAGCGACGUGCUGGUGCAUGGCGCGACGACAGUUCUGCGGGGCUUUUUUUCGCAAUCAAAGCACGUUGUUGCAUACGAGCAAACGCAUCUGUCGGCGUGCGGCAUCACAAAGACCGUGCUUGUUGCACUCGCUUCUCUUCUCGGGUGCGACUACGCGGAGGGGAUCUCUGGCAUUGGUCUCGUGGGUGCACUGAAGGCCUUAGUGGUGGCGUGGACGGCCGCAGAGAAUGCGGAGGAUGGUGCCGCAUCUUCCUCAGCCGUCCUACACGUGUUGCGGCGCUGGGCACAGCUCGUUCAGCGGCCUCCCCAUUCGUGGCAGGAGGUGGACGACGACAUGUGUGUCCUGCAGUUUGCGCUUCUCCAGGCCGACUUGGCGCAGUGGCGCACGCUGGAGCACCGUGCGUGCUUCCCAGAAGCACAUGCUGUGGAGGCAUUCUUCGAUGCUGAAGUCGAUUCGGACACGACCCCGUUCGAGUGGCUCCCGCCGGACUGGCAGCGGCUUCGCGUGUUCGCUGGGGCACUUGGGGCACUGAGCUCGCCGUGGCUUGUGCAGAGAUACGAACUGGCGCGCAAGGAGUGCUUGCGGCGCGAGGAGGAGGCGGCGAAGGCUCGCGCGUCACUGAUUGCUGGCCAGCGACGGCUGACAGAGUAUGGCCUGCAGAAGCGAGUGCGUGCGAGGUGGGCCUUGCAGAAGCAACCUCCCAAGCACGCCGCCAUUCUCGCCAAGCUGCGCGCUGUGCAGAGGAUGGAGUGA